CUCAGCACGAGCCUCGGGCCUAACUCAGUUCAUGACAACACAGCGAGCGCCGGAAACCGGUCAUCGAUGUCAUGCCCCAGACCCACGUUACAAAUCCCAACGCCCGCCUGAAGACAAUAAUAAGCACGCGACCCUCUUCUUUCCUUCAGCGCGCACAACAACAGUAAGAGCGGGAUAUCCGACCCCGUCUCUCUGGAAACACAACCCAUCCCGCUACGACGUCGGUGGUCUCCGCUCUGGCCCACCUUCAUCUUGGCUCUUGUCGGUUUAGUGAAAACCCCUCAAUCUGCCGGUCGAAGUCGAACCCACCGGAGCGCAGUCGACGACGAGCAAAACCCAGCUUCCUCCAGCGGGAUACCGCACGCCGACCUUCAAGCCUUCUCCAACCGCCGCCACGCGUCAUCGUGACCAGUUGCGUUCCGCACAAUGAGUGCCGACGCGAACGAGCUGCUCGACGCCUUCAAGGCCGCAGCUCUCUCGGUCACGAAGCUUUAUAAGACUUCGGCCCAGGCACAGGCCAAAUCGCGCGCCGAUGGAUACCAUGACUGCCUCGAAGAUCUACUGUCUUUUCUCGACAAGGAAAAUAUCGGCAUUCGGAAUGGGGAGGCACACAGGGUACGGAAAUGGGUAACGGACCGAAUGGAGGGGCGAGAUUCGACAUCCCCACCACUCGAGAGCGACGACGAAGCCGAACGAUCCGACACACAAGUUCUAUCCUCACCGCAAAUGCAGCGCGGCGUUCCCGCAGCAGCACAACGGUUGAAGGACAAGGAAGAGGCGCUGACGAGAGAUGCGUCAGCGCCACCAGUGCUGACAACGGUGCCUAUUCCACCCAGCCCCGUCGUGGAGGAAGUCGACGUCGUGGUCCCCUCGCAAGACACCUUCAACUUUCAAACAACACAUCCUUAUCCCCACGACGAAGCCCUGCGGCUUGCCAACCUCAAUCUCUCCGACGCCCAGACGAUCAAUGCUUCGAAUGCUCGUACGACAUCUCGCGGCGGGAGGAACAGAAACGGGCGGACGGGAACCAGGACGGCGCUAGGAAGAGGGGCUGGGCAAAAACGGAAGGUCAACCUCGCCGAGAUAUUUGACCUGGGAAGUCUGGAGUACGGGAACGGCAGGGAUAUGUUUGGGAGCGGAGGCAAGCGAAGCCGCUUUGCAUGAGGGCGGCGAAACCCAGCCAGAUCUCGCACAUGAUGCUGCCUUCUGCGCAGGCCGUGGGGUUAUUUUUUUGCGGGAGGAAUGGGACGCGCUCUUCACUCGUAUUGCAUCGCAUUCCUGGGAGCGCAUGGACACGGGCACGGAUUUAAUGACACUUGGGCAUCCGGGGAGGGGUCAUGGGAAGGAGGCGGGACAUUACCUAGAUGGAGCAUAUCCGGGCGUUUACUUGAUACCACGCAAGACGGCAUGCUAUUUUUCCUGUUGUAUGUAGACGUUGGCUCGGUGCGAGCCAUCUUGCCGCCGACAUAGCGUUUUCGCAAUACCCGAUUAUUGGUCUCGAAGUCGACCUGGACGACGCA